UGUAGACAGAAACGACAACGAUGUUGUUUUUUCUGUUACUACAUUAGCACUUUGAGCUUACAUUCAAUGUUAAAGAAAGAGUAGUGUAUCUUCAAAUUCUCCCCGUUAAUAGCCUAAUUUGUGAUAAGAGUGUCAUAUCGGUAGUCAGUAGAGCGAUCAGAAACGAUAGCCUUCAAUUUUCUGCUGAUUUAAGGGCUAAAACAUUUUUAACUGAAAUUAAUUUGCCGCGUCGAUUCUCUCUCUCUCUCUCUCUCUCUCUCUCUCUCUCUCUCUCUCUCUCUCUCUCUCUCUCUCUCUCUCGGUGCUAGACGUCAAAGUAGUCCGACUGAGCGGGCAGGACUGAAGUAAUUCUGCCAAAUUUUACUGCUAUUUCUUUGUUGGCUACUGUAGCAAUCUAUGGAUUCAGAUCGCUUUCAUGUAUUGCUCACCAUAGGAAGCUGUUUUAUGUCAAAAUAAUAGACUGCACGAGACGAUAGAGACGUGUGAUUCGCUGCUGACAUGCCGGAACCAGAAGGAGCUCCUCGGACACCGCAAGGUGUCCCCUACAGCGACCUGCAACACAUAGUGAACGCCGACGGACUGCACCUGUUCUGUCGCUACUGGGAGCCCAACGGCCCGCCGAAGGCACUGGUGUUUUUGGCACACGGGGCUGGAGAGCAUUGUGGAGCGUAUAGAGAUGUCGCUGGCAAACUCAACCAACACUCUCUGUUUGUGUUCAGCCAUGACCAUGAGGGACAUGGGCAGAGUGAAGGGGAGAGGAUGAAUAUUAAAAAUUUCCAGACUUACAUCAGGGACUGUCUUCAGCACAUCGACCUCAUGAGGGGGCGGUACCCCAACCUGCCAAUCUUCAUCCUUGGCCACUCAAUGGGUGGUGCAAUCUCUAUUUUGACAGCAUGCGAGAGACCACAGGAUUUUGCUGGUAUUGUUUUGAUUAGUCCCAUGAUCCAAAUGAACCCUGAGUCUGCUACACCCUUUAAGGUGUUCCUUGCUAAAGUCCUAAACCACAUGGCUCCCAGCUUCACUAUCGGCUCCAUCGAUCCCAAAUUGAUCUCACGGGAUCCAAAACAGGUGGAAGCAUAUGAAUCGGACGAGCUGGUUUAUCAUGGAGGGAUGCGCGUCUCGUUUGGAAUGCAGCUGAUGGCUGCUUCCACACGCAUUGAAAGUGAGAUCCCCAACAUCACCUGGCCUUUCUUCCUCCUCCAUGGUGACGCUGACAGGAUCUGUGACAUUAGAGGAGCUAAUGCUAUGUAUAACCAAGCAACAAGCACAGACAAAAAACUAAAGGUGUAUGAAGGAGGCUACCAUGCCCUGCACCAUGAUUUGCCAGAGACAGCGGAGUCUGUCCUGCAAGAAGUGAGCACUUGGAUCCUGGAGCGUCUUCCUGCCCCCUCUAGGCCUUAGCUGUCAGUCUUCCAAUAAACCAAAACCAGGCUCCACCCCACUAACAAUUUUCACUACUUUCUGCUAUGUUUACAACAAUUCUUCCUGCUAAACAGCAACUGAACUUAAUUAUCCUCUUUAUCAUCAAUCAAUGAAAGGUCAAGGGUCACUGUUUUCUGAACUUUGGCACCAGGGUCAAUGCUUUGAUGUUUUAGUUAGAGGAACGUUAGAAGCUAAUGUGUCAGGCUUGUCUUUUCUCUUCACCCCAUGUUUCUAGCACCAGUGGGUGUAGUUCACAUGUUACUUUACCAAUCACCAGGACACACAUAAUGAGCCUGGCUGACCCCAGCACUAGGCUUGCUUUUGUGUGUUGCCACAGUAAUGGAACACAGCUACCCUUUGUUCUUAUUCUCCUUUUGUUUGAUGUUGCGUUCUUGUUAGUUACCACACCGCACUCUGCUCCCCCUACCGCAUAACAGCGGCACUGCAGAUAUUACUCAGCCCAGUUACCAAGGCAACACUAUGAAAUACUGGAACUUAUGGCAGGAAGAAAA